AUGCGGAACUGGUUAUCGAUGAGAGACUCUUCCGCGCAUGCUGCACCAGAUGCUGUCUACAACUGGCGCGUCUAUGCUCUAGCGUUGUCGGCCUCGAUGGGCUCGGCCAUGUUCGGUUACGAUUCGGCUUUCAUUGGUGGCUCGAUCACUUUGCCUGCAUUCAAGAGGGAAUUUGGGCUUGAUGAUUCGACAGGCGAUGCUCUUGCCGCGUUGCAAGCGAACAUCGUCAGUACCUUUCAGGCGGGCUGUUUCUUCGGUGCAAUCAUUGUCUAUUACCUUACCGAGCGGUUCGGCCGCAAGAUCCCGUUAAUCCUCGCUGGACUAGUUUUUGACCUGGGAGUCAUUCUCGAAAUGGCAUCCAAGGGCUCAUUGGGCAUGAUCUAUGGCGGACGGGUCUUGACAGGACUUGCGGUCGGAUCUUCUUCGCUUAUCGUCCCUCAAUAUAUCUCCGAAUCCUCCCCACCGGCGAUCCGGGGUCGUCUUGUCGGUCUAUUCGAAGUAGUCCUUCAGUUUGCACUUGUGAUUGGCUUCUGGGUCAACUAUGGUGUGAACCAGAACAUCCCCAGUACCUCUAGUGCACAGUGGCAGAUUCCAUUUGGUCUCCAGUUUAUCUUUGGCACCCUUCUCAUCCUGUUGAUGCUGUUGCAACCCGAGUCUCCCCGUUGGCUGAUGAAGGCCGGCCGCGAGGACGAAGCCCUCCGUGUCCUCAGCCAUAUUCGGAACAUGCCUGCAGACGAUGAGUACAUUCAGUGGGAGGUGGAUACCAUCAAGGAGCAAUUGCAGCGUGAAGAUGAGCAGGGUGCCAACCGGUCGCUCGUCAGAAAAUUGGCUGAGACGUUCAAGGCCGGCAACCGCAACCGGCUGUUUAUGGGCAUGGCUCUCAUGAUGCUGCAGAACUUCUCUGGUAUCAAUGCCCUGAACUACUUCUCUCCGGAGAUUUUUGAGUCAAUUGGCUUCUCAGGUACAAGCGUCAGUCUUCUGGCGACUGGCGUUUUUGGCCUGGUCAAGUGCUUCGCCACGUUGGCCUUCAUGCUCUUCGGAAUCGAUCGUCUGGGCCGACGUAACUCCACACUGAUUGGCUCUUGCGGUGCAAUUGUGGCCAUGUUCUACCUCGGCACCUUUGCCAAAGUGACCGGAUCGUUCCAUUCCACCGCCCCGAAGUCUGCUGCAUCCUACGUGGCCAUUGUCAUGGUCUACAUCUAUUCUGUUUUCUACGCCAUGUCCUGGAACGGCAUUCCCUGGAUCUUUUGCUCCGAGGUCUUCCCGACAGCCAUCCGGUCGGUCUGUCUGGUGUUCACUACCUGUACCCAGUGGCUCGGGCAAUUCAUUAUUGUCUACUCGAGUCCAUACAUGUUUAAAAACAUUACCUAUGGCACCUUCUUUCUGUUCGGUACGUCGGUCGUGAUUGGCGUCGUAGUCGUCCUCCUCUUCAUGCCUGAGACAAAAGGUCUCUCGCUGGAAGAAAUGGACAUUCUUUUCAACGUCUCGGGCUUGGCGCACCAACAGCGCAAGCGGGCCAGGAAGAUCAUCAAUGAAAUACGGGAGGCCGAGAACAUCGCCAGUGGUGAAAAACAGGCGACUGGCCAUAUUGAGGAGGCUUGA